CUGGGUUCAGUGUGGAGAGAGAUCGGAGGCAAAACACAACCCAAAACUGGGGUUUCUGUUCUAAGCCAGCUGGUCUGGCUUUUAUACAUGCAGGACAUUUUUUGUUUUGCUUUUCAGUGAACUUUUUACUCUUCUUUUACUUUUAUCUCUAACAUUUAUCCAUUUUUAUUUUCCACUUGUGACUGUUUGAUUGAGCUGGUCCUCAAUUGGUGCUGUAGGGUGACACUUCCUGGAGAAUCAAAGAAACGGCACAGGUGCCAACCAACCGAAGACGACCUCAAACACUGAAACUCACCAGGACCUUUCUGAUGAAUCACUGACAGACUACAAACAACACACACACCACAAAGGGCACAGAGAUUGACGACUGGAAACGAAGGAAUAGUGAAUGUGGUACGGAUGCUGGAAUCUUUGAAUUGAUCGGAGCAAGUAAAGAGAAGACAGAGCAGUUUGAGGAAAGGCAGAAGAAGAACGAGGGAAGAAAGCAUCAAGUUCUUUAGGGAGAGGAGAGAAGAAAAGGACGGGACGAUGGGGAGGAAAAAGAUUCAGAUCACGCGGAUUAUGGAUGAACGCAACAGACAGGUGACAUUUACGAAGAGGAAGUUUGGCCUGAUGAAGAAGGCGUAUGAGCUGAGCGUGCUGUGUGACUGUGAGAUCGCCCUCAUCAUCUUCAACAGCACCAACAAGCUGUUCCAGUAUGCCAGCACCGACAUGGACAAGGUGCUGCUUAAGUACACCGAGUACAACGAGCCCCACGAGAGCAGGACCAACUCUGAUAUCGUGGAGACGUUGAGAAAGAAGGGUCUAAACGGCUGUGACAGCCCUGACCCCGACGCAGACGACUCGGUCGGCCACAGCCCCGAGUCUGAGGACAAGUACAGGAAAAUAAACGAAGACAUUGAUCUGAUGAUCAGCAGACAGAGACUGUGUGCAUUAAGCAAGAAGGAGAACAAAGGUGGUGAGAGCCCGGAGCUCGAGUCUGCUCUUACCCUCACCCCACGCACUGAGGAGAAAUACAAACAGAUAAACGAGGAGUUUGAUCAUAUGAUCAAAACUCAUAAGAUACCUCAGGGUGUGCCCCCCUCCAACUACGAGAUGCCGGUGUCCAUCCCCGUUAGCAACCAGAACAGUCUCAUUUACAGCCACCCAGGAGGUUCCCUAGGCAACCACAACCUGCUGCCCCUGGCACACCACAUGCAGAGGAACAGCAUGUCCCCCGGUGUCACACACAGACCUGCCAGUGCAGGUGGCCUCAUGGGUGCUGACCUCACCACUGGUGUGGGCACCAGUGCAGGCAACGGCUACGGGAACCACCACCGUAACUCGCCCGGUCUGCUGGCCUCUCCGGGUAGCAUGAACAAGAGCAUGCAGGCCAAGUCUCCCCCACCCAUGAACCUGGGCAUGAACAACCGCAAGCCAGACCUGCGUGUGCUCAUCCCCCCUGGAGCCAAGAACAACAUGCCCUCCUUGAACCAGAGAAUAAACAACUCCCAGUCUGCACAGUCAUUGGCCACCCCUGUGGUUUCUGUAGCAACGCCCACCCUACCAGGGCAAGGCAUGGGCGGUUACCCAUCAGCCAUCUCCACUUCAUACGGUACUGAAUACUCGCUGAGCAGUGCAGACCUAUCCUCCCUGUCCGGCUUUAACAGUGGUAGCUCCCUCCACCUGGGCUCCAUGAGCGGUUGGCAACAACAACACCUCCAGAACAUGCAGCACUCGGCCCUCAGUCAGCUAGGAAAUUGCAAUAGCAAUCACUUAUGUCAGAGUUCAAAUCUCUCCCUGCCUUCUGCUCAAAGCCUCCACAUCAAGUCCGAACCUGUUUCUCCUCCUAGAGAUCGCACCAGCAGCACACCGGGGGGCUACGGCAUCCAUCAGCAACAUAAUCCCUCGUCCCGCCAGGACUCGGGCCGCUCCCCUGUCGACAGCCUGAGCAGCUGCAGCAGCUCCCACGAGGGCAGCGACCGGGACGAGCACAGGAACGAGUUCCACUCUCCACUGGGACUGUCUCGGCCCGCCCUGGACGAGCGUGAGAGCCCCUUGGUCAAACGCGUGCGCCUGUCUGAAGGAUGGGCCACAUGAUAGCACAGCGCUGGCCGUUUCCCCAGCCCUGCGAUGUAAUGAUGCCUCGACACCAUCGCCCUCUAUAUCACCACGCGACACGUCACUCACCUCCAGACCCCAUGCUCUCUCUCUCUUUUUCUCUCUCUCUCUGUCUCAUUGGAGGAAGGGGGGCACCCUUUUUCUAAAUUUAACUGUAAUGUUUUCUUUUUUUCUUUUUGCAGAGUGUGUGUGCUAUACAUAUUGAAGUUCUAUAAAGCAGUGGGGAUGGGACUGGGGAUCCAAGGUAAAAGGGGUGUUGGUUGGGGUUAGGGAUAUUUUUGGUGGGGAACUAUGCAUUAUUUGUGCCGUGUGUGAAAAAAAGAUAUGCAUAUAUAUUUACACGUGUGUGUAUGUGUAAAUAUAUGCAAAUCAAAAAAGAAACAAAAAAAAGUCAGGUACUCUGUUUUGUAAAAGUACUUACAACUUGCCUCAGUGAUAAUCAGUGACUAGAGGAAAAUCGAGAGCAUAUGUUGCUGAGUGAACAGCCUAGCACUUGAGUUGGUCAACCAAUACAUGUGUACAGAGUCAAUUUCAUUGCUACCUUUCUCCGCAGUUCUCCCUUGCAAAAUGUAUGUUACGAUAGAUGAUGUCAUGUUGCAGGUUCAACGUAUUUAUGUAAAUAGAGGGUCAGGAGCAAAGGGGAGGAGUCAAACGUGGCUAUACAUUACAGAUUAUUCAUACACAUAAUGAAAGCUAAUAUGCAACAUUUGAAGGAUUGUACAGGUAUACCCGCAGACCCAUUGGUAGAUAUGAGGAACCAAGAUGAGAGAACCCAUGCUAAACAUAAAGCUCCUCAUCAAACAUGGAGCACAUUGAUAGGACCAUCCUUUUACCCAAGAGCCAUGUUAGUUGAAUCAAGAAACCCUGGGUCUUCAUUCAAUAUUCAGUAUUAAAAAAAACUAGUGUACGAUACACUUGCUUAUAUUUUCAUAUGAAAGGAAUACAAUGCAAAGCAUUUUUGUGGCUUUUUGUAGUUUCUAUAAGCCAGAAUGUGUUUUUUGAUAGCUUUGCUAAUAUAAGAUGGAUAGUCCGAUGAGAAAUGAAAAACCCUAAGCCAUGAAAACAGACUGAGAACCCAUGCUUUGCUGAACUGUUUUCUCUUUGUAGAGGUUUCGUUUUUAAACGUGUAUUUCUAAUUAUAUAUAAUAAUGAUAAUAUUAAGAAUCUUUAAAAAAAAAUCUGUGAAAUUAACAUGCUUGUGUAUAGCUUUCUAAUAUAUAAAUAUAUAUAAUAAUGUUUUUUCUUUUUUUUUUCUUAGUGGAGUUUUCUAUGUGCAGUUGCACAUAUUGUCUGUUUUUUGUUUUAUUUGAGCCUGGGACAGUGCUGUUCAGAGGCGUAUUUAGUCUAACCUUGAGAACCAGCUGAACAGAGUUGUCUGUGUUUGUGAGUAAAUUAAGAAAGAUAGACCUCUUUGCUGACAAACAACAUAUUUGUGGAAACUGUUUGUGGAUUGGAACUGGGGGUUAAUGCCCAUGCAGGUGACAUGCGUCAUGCCAAAUGAACGUGUUUGACAUCACCCAUGAUGUGUCAUGAUCCUCAUAGUUAGGAUUCUACAACAAUACCCUCCAACAUCCUCUUUGAUGGGAGUUUGGCCCACGUAUUCUGUAUAUUUUGAACAUUUUAUUUAACCUUUUCACUACAAAUCCUUUGCCAAUUAUCACAAUGAGACCCAAACGUGUGUGCAGGACAGCACAUAAAUCCAGAUUAAAAUAUUGUUUUGAUAGUUCCAAAUUGUAUUUGUGUCAAAUUAUCAAGCUGUAUAUUGGUGGUCUAUUGUUAAUCACGAGGUGUUGUGUCAUAUUUGACCCCACUCAGUCCAAUCACCAGCUCAGUGUUCCACAACCUCCUCAGCAGUGUAACAUGAAGUAUUCAAACAAGAUGAUGUAGGAAAAAUGUACCUACUGGUUUGGGAGAAGUACAAGAGUUGAUUUCAGACAAAUAUAACUUUGUGUAGUUUUUUUUUUUUUGUUACAUGAACUAGCCACAUUUCUCUCUGCCUCUCACUCCUCGGUCUGUUGUCACUCAAGUGUUAUGGUAUUUCUAUGUGCAUAUUUCAUGCGAGUUCACUAUGUUGUUACUGUAUACAGUCUGUGUAGUCAGAAACAGGGGCAGAGCCCCUACCUUGUUCUUUCUUUUUUUAUUCAAUACAAAUGGUUAAAAAAAAAACAUGAUAUUUCAGGCAGCAUAUGUGUGGAAAACCAAAGCCAGUGGCAUUUCUGUAAUAUUAUUCUACUUUUAUUUUCACAUUCAUUUAUGGUUAUUGCAAGCAUUGGAAAAAAACAACAAUAAAAGCAUUUGCUCAAAAUGUAGAAUUGGUUUCCCAUUUCAAUUUGAAUUGGUCAUACUGUUGGUCAUACUGUUCAUAGUUGUUAGAGGUUUAAAAUGUAUGCACUCACUAACUGUAAGUCGCUCUGGAUAAGAGCAUCUGCUAAAUGACUAAAAUGUAAAUGUAAAUGUUUAGAAUACCAUUACAUGUCCUCCUUGAGACAUGGUAGGUAGAGUAGAUAGUACUUAGUAACUAUAGUGUCAUUUUUUCAGAAUGCAUUUCCUUAUGAACUGCACUUAAAAUCAUAAAACAAACGUGUAAUUUUUAGUAUAUUCAUUGAUUCAUUGAGUAUGAUGGAAAAGUAUGUUUUCCAAAUCCCACUUUUGUUAAUUUAGCUGAUUGAGUUACUAUGCUGUUUGUGUCACUUGCUCACUAAUGAAUUAUGGAAAACACAACACCAAGAGCUCCCUUUUUGUUUUUAGCUGUGGUGUGCUUUUUGAGGUGUUGGUGGCGUUUAUUGAUAUUGUGUAACCAAAGACAUUGAGCAUGCUUGAUUUAUUUCAUAUUUUAUUUUGGUUAUGGAUUUGAAGCAUCUGUAUUUCUUCAUCUGUUGAUCAAUUUGUAAUGCCAUUAUUCUGUAUUAGCCUCUAUACUGGUACCUCUAAUUGACCCAGCCCAGUACCUCGGCUACCAUUUGAUCAGUCACGUCUAGUGCAAAGGGUAUGGUGAUAUACAUACACCAUGUGGUAUACCAUUGCCAACUAUUACCAACUAUUUACUUGGAAUUAUUUGGUUGCUCCACCAUGUUUGUGGUUUUCUUUAUUUUAGUUGUAUCCAUUAAAAAAGGGGGAAAUAAUGUGUAGCUAAAAAUGCUUAACAGUCUGUAGUAUCUUAUGUAGCUUCUAGAAAUCUAAACGUUGGGGAGGUCUGAAGUUAGUGUUUGGAACGCAAAAGAAGCUUUCAGCGGCAUAAGCUGGCCUUUGUUGCCACUUGAAGAUGUUAUUAAAUUAAAGCCACAUCUCUGUAUCUCAAGGGACUUGAUUCAGCUGUGUAGUGAAAAAGUCGGGAACCUGAAAAAAUAAUUCUUCUGCUGGGUAAAAGGUGUUUGUAUUUUGCAGAGAAUACAGUAAAAUGACUGGCUUUCUUAGUUG